UGGUCACUCUGACACCUCCUGAUAACGCAAUUGUAUUGUUUAUAUAGUUUCCAAAGCCGAACGAGAAUGCAAUGUGGCGAUAUCAGUUGCUGAUAAGCACUGAAACCCCGCAACACACAAUCCACAAACGACGAUGACCGCCACCAAGAAGCGCCUGAAGAUCGUAGCAGCCAUCUCGCUGGUCCUUCUGCUCCUGGUCUACCUGUACCGAAUGGCCAGCCAUUCCCCAAGCGGCAAGCCGCCCGUUUCCGUUCCUGGCGGCGAGGAGGUGCAGGCCAAGUUUCCGCCCACGGAGAGUCCACUGCAAAGGAGCCUUCAGAUGGCCUACGAGGAGCAGAGCUCUCUUAUCCGAGAGCAAAAGGCCGAAUUGCAGCGCACAAGGGAGCAUUUGGCCAGAUUAGAGGAGCAAAUUCAUAGCCUUCAGAGCAGUACUCCGCGCAAGUAUCCGAAGGUUAAAUACCUGAACUACAAGAAUCGCAAGCGCAUAUUAAUUACCGGAGGAGCGGGCUUCGUGGGCUCCCACCUGGUCGACGAUCUUAUGGUCCAGGGGCAUGAGGUCAUCGUGGUGGACAAUUUCUUUACGGGACGCAAGCGAAAUGUCGAACACUGGCUGGGCCACGAGAACUUCGAGCUCAUCCACCACGACAUCGUGAAUCCGCUUUUCAUCGAGAUCGAUGAGAUCUAUCACUUGGCUUCGCCUGCCUCGCCCCCGCACUACAUGUACAAUCCGGUGAAGACCAUCAAGACCAACACCAUGGGCACCAUCAAUGUGCUGGGCUUGGCCAAGCGCGUGAUGGCCAAGGUUCUGAUAGCCAGCACGUCGGAAGUGUACGGCGAUCCCACGGUACAUCCGCAGCCGGAAACGUACUGGGGCCAUGUAAACCCUAUUGGGCCAAGGGCCUGUUACGACGAGGGAAAGCGUGUGUCGGAGACGCUGAGCUAUGCGUAUUCUAAACAGGAAAAGGUGCAAGUGCGAGUGGCGCGUAUCUUCAACACAUAUGGACCCAGGAUGCACAUGAACGAUGGACGAGUAGUCUCAAACUUUAUACUCCAGGCGCUGAGGAAUGAAACCAUUACCGUAUAUGGGAAUGGCAAACAAACGCGCUCAUUUCAGUAUGUUUCCGAUCUGGUGGAUGGAAUGAUAGCCCUAAUGGCAUCCAACUACACACAGCCGGUGAAUUUGGGUAAUCCCGUGGAGCAGACAAUCGGCGAAUUUGCCGAAAUCAUAAAGCAACUGGUCGGCGGGCCAAGUGUGAUAAAACAAUCGAAGGCCAUGGAGGAUGAUCCGCAGCGCAGAAAACCUGACAUAACUCGUGCCCGGCAGUUCCUCCACUGGGAGCCAAAGGUUCCCCUAGAAACUGGACUCCAGCGGACCAUCUCCUACUUCCGCAACGAAUUGGCGCGUAGCGAUCGCUUUCAGGAAAGCUCCAACAAGUACUUUGAUACACAUACACCGUAGCAUUAAGUGGGUCUAGCUCUUAUUGGUGAUGAUGGAACGUCUCUAGUCUGCAAAUGUAAAUAUGACCAUCGUUAGCACUAAUUGUAAGCUCUUAGGACCACGGUAUACCUUUUAUCAUGGUUCAUUUUUUUGAAGUUUUGCGAAAUAUCAACCUAUGUAGGGAACUGGGAUAAGGGGAAUACAAAUGCGAUCAACGGUAUAGCACUAAAUUUUGGUAAUCUAAUUUGAAACUGUUUAGUUAAUAGAAAAUCCAAAUAUGUUACAAACACAUUUAACACAUCAAUUCACAACUUAUUCUUGAGCUAAGCAGGAUUUUACGGGGAAAGCCCAAACAAAUAUAGAAGGUUAGGGAGUAUGGAAACAUCAGUUACGAAAUUUGUAUGGUUUAAAGACGUAAAGUGCUAUUUUUCUGACCACAAAUGUACCACAUAGAAACAGAAAGGGUUACGUGACACUAAGAAACAGUAUAAUUCAUUGUAUUAUAACCACUUUCGUAUUUAACAAGAGCCUACAAAUUCCCACGUUUAAGAAUUGUGAGAAUUGAACAAACUAUUGAAGAACUGUGACUCAAAACAUUAGACACAUAACACCUAUCUGCGCCUUUAACCAGUGUAAGCAGUCCCCGAUUCUAGACAUAAGUAGGAUUUUCCAGUUGCUGUAGUUGGUAGAUCAUUAAAAAGAUAUUUUUCUCUGCGAACUAA